CGGAUCUUGUUGCCCAAUACACUGUCUCGAAAUCGAAUGACGAAAUGCGAGCGUGACGUGGCUGCAAGUCGAAGACAAAAAGAUUAACGACAUGCAUAAUAUUUACAUUAUUUAUGGCCUAUAACUCAGUAAGAUCAUUGAGACGCUAUCGAAUCCUAAACUCAAACCUUGGAUGUAUUCAUUUUGUUGUUGUAAAGAGGAAAGAAAACUUUGCAGGUAGGCUAGCGUCCUUGCUAGCAUACACACUUUGACAUCUGUAAAGGAAGCGACGAGGCAUGCCCUAAGAGUCGAACAUGUCGGAAAGCGAUGACAGUGUGCCCGAGGCCCGAGAUGCUGAGACGCCUGAAGGCUCCCCACCAAGCUCGCCCGACCUUUUGACAGAUGUGGCACCUACCAGGAAAGCCCGGAGGAGAACGGACGCCCAAGCCCAAGUGAAGAACACAUCUAAAGUAGACAAGCAGCCAGAAAAGUUGCCACCAAGUCAGUCUCCAGUUGCCCACAGAGGUUGGGGUUACUGGGGCGACUGGGGCAAAUCUAUCCUGUCCACGGCCACGACCACUGUGGCAACAGUGGGCCAGGGGCUGACUCAAGUCAUCGAGAAAGCCGAGACGUCGUUAGGCAUCCCGAGCCCCACCGCAUUGUCUACCCCAGUGGAAGACGAAGGCGGGCGUGGCGAGACCGAACAAGCGGCGGGAGAAGGCACCGCACCAGUGGGCGGCGCCAUGGGGAUGCUCACGUCGCUCACCAGCGUGGUUCAAAAUACUGGUAAGACCGUGAUCAGCGGUGGCCUGGACGCUCUGGAGUUCAUUGGGAAAAAGACAAUGGACGUGAUUGCUGAAGGCGACCCCGGCUUCAAGAAAACCAAAGGCCUCAUGAUCAGGAACUCCACUCUCUCUCAGGUAUUAAGGGAGGCCAAAGAGCGAGAGGAGCUUCAAACAGAGGUGUUGUCAGACUCGUCGGAGAAAAAGGCGGUGGCUCACUAUGGGGUGCUCUUUGACCAGUACCAGGGCUUGGCCCACCUCGAGGCUCUGGAGAUGCUCUCUCGGGAAAGCGAGUCAAAGGUGAAAUCAGUGUUGACGACACUGUCGGGAGAUGAGCUAAGUAAGCUCCGGGAAGAGCUGGAGCUCAUCAAGGAUGCCUUCUCCAUGAUGGAGUUUGACGACGAGGAUGUAGACGAGAAGAAAGGUGCAACGCCAAUUAACCAAGACGGGUCUGAAUUUGAGGCGGAGCUCACCCAGGCCUUGGAGGAUCUAGCUGUCUCCACCACAGCCGAAAAACUCAGCAAGGCCUGUAAAGAAGCAUGUGGUGUGAUUGUCGACCUGAGCAAACCGGCGGAGGACGUCAAGGAAGGCGAAAGGACCAAGCUUACUGUGGAGGAAGUGAACGCCGCCGCCAUCAGGAGUCUGGCCGAGCUGACAGCGCGCUCCAUUGAACUUUUCCACAAGCUGGGCGAGAGCCUGCUCCUCUCCAACGGCGACGUGGAGGCAAAUGUCCUAUCACAGUUGACAGUCUUGCUGUGUAAAGAAGUCUCAUUGCUUUCCAAAAAGUUUACCUUCUGUUUAACAGAAGCCGGGUCAAAUGAGAAGGGAGAGGUCCUCAAUCCGCUGAUAACAGGAGUCUUCCUUGAGGCGUCCAACAGUGCGUCGUACAUUCAAGAUGCCUUCCAGCUUCUGAUGCCCAUCUUGGAAAUAUCCCACAUCCAGAGAAGAGCCAACAUAACCCAUGACAACUGAGGAGGGGACUGCUAUUUUUUUCCUGUUUUUAUCUUAACCAUGUCAGUGUUAUAGUUGUUUUUCAAAUGUCGGUAUUCAACUGUCAACUCGCUUCUGCAGAAAAGUAAAAUUACCUUCUCCAUCAGUACAAAAGCUUCUUUUUUAAUAGUCUCAAAUCUCAGGUGUUUAUAAACAAAGUGCUCGUGUGUGGAAAUCUUUACCAGAUGGUUUAAAAUAAAACAUUUUACUGCUAUAAAGUGUUGUCA